GCUUGUUUGGAUAGUAUGUGCAUGUAAAUCCCCGCCCCGGGCAGAAAUUCCUGGCACAGCAAGAUGGAAAGGGUCAGAUGGUUGAUCAGGCCACUCUUAGGUCUUCGGAGGUACAGGACACAUGGGGCGGUCUCUCGUUAAAUGCGCGAUGUCCCGUGGAGAAUCUGUCACGUCCGUCGGAAGGACAUUCGAGACCACACCCAAGGAGAUGAGAGAUGCUACCCAAGGCGACAACUAUUUGGGCACCCUGUGCGAUGUAAGAGUCGCCGAAUCUGUUGCCGGUGUUAUCGAGAGCGCCCUUGCUCGUUUCGGCCGAAUCGAUGUCAUUGCCAACUGUUCCGGGUACGGCGUCAUUGGUGCAUGCGAGGACCAGGAUGAGCACGAGGUCCGCAAUCAAUUCGAGACCAACUACAUGGGUACGUUGAACAUUAUCCAGGCCAGCCUUCCCUACUUCCGCAAGCAGAAUGGCGGUCGGUAUCUCAUCUUCAGCUCCACGUCUGGCGCCCUGGGUGUGCCUGGUCUCGGUCCUUAUUGUGCGACCAAGUACGCGGUGGAGGGCCUCAUCGAAGCUAUGCUGUACGAGACAGAUUCUUUUAAUGUGAAAGCUACGCUUGUCGAGCCCGGCCUUGUUCGGCGGGACGAGCCUGACAGCUUAGUUAACCCUCUUCCUACCUGGGGUCACUUCUUGAUCAAGCCGGCCAGCGAGCCGUAUGCACAGGCCACGUCGCCUGCUCUACACGCCAAAAGGAUGGUACAGUGGCUUGGAGAUCGCCAGCCGACGAGCGCAGUCAAGUGUGCGGAACUCGUGUGGCAGCUUGCUCACUGUUCCUAUCCUCCUCUGCGUCUGCUGCUUGGGAGCUAUGCUAUUGAGAGCAUCAGGGAUAGACUGAGGUCUGUUACGGAGGAGCUUGAGGACUGGAAGCAUCUCAACUUCCCAUCAGCCCCCGAUCAGGUGGGAGAGGAACCAGAGGCAAGGAGCCGUCGGCUGGUUACGGAGCAGGAGGUUGGAGAUUCUGACCAGGAUAAGGGCGCAGCAGUAUUGAGGAAUGGAUGAUUAACUGCCGGGGUAUGUCUGGUGGCUUACAGCGCGUAACAGGUUAAUUAGGUGGGUACAGUCGUGUGUACCCGACUUUUGCGAGUCAAGCGGUCCAAAACCGAACAGGUGAAACAGUCAGGCCGAUCGACAUCUUAAUAUCCUGAAAUUGACAACAACCCCGUCGCCCUGCCCUCCAUAACUCCCGGUACCUGGCGUCUGAGGCUCUCUCCAAUCAUUUCCUAAAUGCCUCUACCCACAUUCACACUCCGAUCGUGUCGCGGCAUUGGCCUGCAUAGGGACAGGGUGGAAGGUCGACUUUUUCUUAACCCCCCAUUUAUCUCGUGGCGUCGUACCUC